CUUUAUGGCUCACUCAGGGUAGAAUUCUGAAGAUCAACACCCUUGGGGUGAGACCCAGGGGUUGGAGUGGCCCUCGGUGCGCUGUGUCGAAAGAGCCAGGGCGCCCUCUCCUGAUGAAAGGCCGGAACAGCGCUGGCCCGGAGCUACCAGGGUGGGCCUCAGUACGCACUACCUGCAGGCAACUCUUUCCUUUAUCCAAUUACCCCCAACUGGCUCUGGAGAACAAAGUUUGGGGGCGCCAGCACUGGGGCAAAAACAAAAUAAAGCAAGAAAACGGCGAGAUUGGCAAAUGCUGCUAGAAUGGGGAGGGGGCAGGGCGGAGCAGAAGAGCCUAGAGUCAGGACACCAGAGCCCUGGAGAUGAUGAAUCAUUUCACAUUCUUCCAACAGGUGAUGGGACGCAGGUGAGAGGUCUGACAAGAUGUACCAGGUCCCACUGCCACUGGACCGGGAUGGGACCUUGGUCCGGCUCCGCUUCACUCUGGUGGCCCUGGUUACGGUCUGCUGUCCACUUGUCGCCUUCCUCUUCUGCAUCCUCUGGUCCCUGCUCUUCCACUUCAAGGAGACGACGGCCACACACUGUGGGACCCAAGUAUUCCACUGGCCCCCGAGCUGUCUCUUCACCCAGCCCAGACACCACUCCCUACAGGAUGUUCUCUGCGGCCUUCCAGCCCUUGGACCCCGAUGGGACCGUGUUCCGGCUCCGCAUCACAGCCAUGCUUUCGUGGGUCAUCACUUUCCCUUUGUUCGGCUUCUUCUUCUGCAUCAUCUGGUCCCUGGUGUUCCACUUUGAGUACACAGUGGCCACUGACUGUGGGGUGCCCAACUACCUGCCGUCCGUGAGUUCAGCCAUCGGUGGGGAGGUGCCCCAGCGCUACGUGUGGCGUUUCUGCAUCGGCCUGCACUCGGCUCCCCGCUUCUUGGUGGCCUUCGCCUACUGGAACCACUACCUCAGCUGUGCCUCUCCGUGUCCUGGCUACCGCCCCCUCUGCCGCCUCAACUUUGGCCUCAAUGUUGUGGAGAACCUGGCGCUGCUCGUGCUCACCUACGUCUCCUCUUCUGAGGACUUUACCAUUCAUGAGAAUGCUUUCAUUGUGUUCAUCGCGGCCUCCCUCAGUCACAUGCUCCUCACCUGCAUUCUCUGGAGGCUGACCAAGAAGCACACAGACCGCAAGUCCUACAACUGGAAACAACGACUCUUCAUCAUCAACUUUGUUUCCUUCUUCUCGGCACUGGCUGUCUACUUCCGGCACAACAUGUAUUGUGAGGCUGGAGUAUAUACCAUCUUUGCCAUCCUGGAGUACACCGUUGUCCUAACCAACAUGGCAUUCCACAUGACGGCCUGGUGGGACUUCGGAAACAAGGAGCUGCUCAUCACCUCCCAGCCUGAGGAAAAGCGAUUCUGAACCUUUCUCUUCUGCUGAGGAAGAGGAAAGAGAAGGUCCACUGCCCAGACACUAGAAAUAAGACACCAUCUGGCCUUCCUCACCCACUUGUGUGCUCAGAGGGGUCCUACUGAAGCUGCAGGGUGUGGGUGGUGCUGGUGGGGGGGGGGGUAUAAGACAAGGCUCAACCCAGCCUACUUGGUUGGGGCCUUCAGGCAGCAUCCCGACUACCAGAAAGGCCCCGACGAGACUGAGCAGGCAGGAGAGCUCCGCCUCUGGUGCUAAAUAAAAGUCCUGAGGUUCAUAACCACCAUCCGGUUCUUGGCCUUUACAUAGCCCACACGCGCUGAGGUCAGGGCCCACUGAGUAGCGGCUGCUACCUGAAAACCACAGCCCCUUCUCCCUGUGGGUCAUUCACUCGACUGCUGUCUCACAGUCUGUUGCACACAGCCAGGCCGACGUCCACAUGCUUCCAGGAGUUCUAGUCCCAGCUUCACCUCUUCGAUUUGGUGUGUGCCCUUCCCCAGCAGAGCCUCCAUGUGUCCUCCAUGAUGGCACAGGGUGGUUGCACUGAGUGAUUUGCAAGGGCUCCGUCAGUCUGGCUCCGACACCAUCUUGUGGAGAUCUUCUGUGCUGAAGGCUGGCCUGAGCCAGAGAAAGCACUGGUAGUGUGGAGUCCCCUCCCUCUGCGAUCUCUGGCUCUCAAACUCUCUUUCCUUUGCAAAGGUGUCUGGUGGAAGGGUCAGAGACCCAGAGGCCUACCCCAAGGCGGACCAGCAUUCCUCGAUCUCCACAUUAGCCUAGGCCCUGAGCUCUUUCGCUCAUACAUUUCACUUCAAAGGAAAAUAAAACUUUCGUCAAUGGUUUGAGCUAG